AUGAGACCUUUCAAACCCGCCUGCACGCCGCGGCAAGAGCACGCCUCUGGGCGUGACAGCUCAUACACUGCGCGGCGAACGACGACCUCGGGGAGCAACUUCGUCGUCAUCGUCUGCGUGAAGCGAAGCGAGGAGCUCCGCGGAGCUGUAAAAGCGGUCACGCAGCUCGGUUUGAAGUGCACGGAGGGCUGCGUGGCCGCCCUCUUUAGAGAUACAUAUCAGGGACUCGCAGAGGGAUGUGAGGCGGCUCGAGGCGUGGAGCAGGGAGGUGGGGAGGUUGGCAUACUUGGGGGGAUACGGCUCAUCUGGGGCGUGGUGGAAGACGGAGAGAACGGCUGUGUGCAAAUCGGGCGAGAGCCGGCGCUUCUUGCGUGGGGCGGACAUCGGUCAUCUUCAGGAACAGUCCUCCUGCAGCUGCCCUUGACCUUGGUCGACUUUGGACUUGGGACUCUUGCCGUGUCGACUAUCUUCACAACAACAAUGGUUGCAACUGCUGAUUCGUCAUGGGAUAGAUGGUCGCCCGUUGUCCGCGUCGCUGGCUCAUUUUUCUUACCUGCGGCGCUUGUCCGCAUCUUUUCAGGGCUUCUUGUGCGCGGCGAUCCAUAA